AUGCAGGCGGUCGUCUUCCUGGUUUGUGUGCCUUCUCUGAACUGGCCGUUGCCUUGGCGCCUGGAGAAGUCUCCGGCUCUCUUGCAGCUCCGACGCCUCACGCUGGUCUGCUCGGAGGUGGCGCAGGUGUCCGCGGCGGAGAAGGCCAACACUUUGAGGCCCUGGUACCACCUGCUGGCUGUGCGGCCCACGACGGAGGAAGCGUUUCGGGCGGCCUGUGAGAAGGCGGGCUUCUGGGACCCGGGUCCUGGGGCGAGGGGCUGGGUUGAGGAUUGGAGGUUUGGAGGUCUGGAGGUUUAG